AGAGGGACGGAUGUGGCGAGGUGUUGAAAGAGGAAGCACAGCUUGUGUUAAUGCUGCUGCUGCUGCUGCUGCUGUGUGAGGAAUGAAGGCAGCCGGUCCACUGAAGGUAUGAUAGGAAACUCCAGUCUGCUGGCUGCAGUGCUGACACUUGUGUCAGUGGUGUCGCUGAGUGCGCUGUGUGCUCUCUGCCUGCGAUGCAGAAAGAAAUCCAAGAUCAUACACGAGGAGCAUCAAAUAUACGACCCACAGACGUUCCAACGUGGGGGGAGUAGGUUUGCUGUGACGCGAUCAAAAACAGUUACCAGAGCCAAUCAGAUCGACUCAACAACAAUCGAAAUUUGUGAGGAAUUUGAAGAUUUUUCUACAGCUGCAGACAAUGAACAGUCAGACUAUGAAAAUGUAUCAGAUGCUCAAACAGGGAAUCCAGAACACACAUAUGUAGCUCCACUCGCCAUCACAGUGUAUGAAAAUGAAGAGACUAAAGAAAGAGUAACUGACGCUGAUGAGACUCCAGGUGUCUACGCUAACAUCAUCCCAUCGUUGCCAAUUAAUAAUGAGGACGACGACUACGAGAACUCUGAGUUUCUGGACCAAGUUGUGCAGGAGCAAGAAGACGAUGAGCCGGAUUAUGUGAAUGAAAACGGCUGACUGCAUGACUGACUGAUGUGGACGCCGGCAGAAAACAUCAACCUGCACUCUGAACGUUCUGCUGUGUUAAACUGAACUUUAGUUGUUUAAUUUAAAUUUUUUAUUCCUGCCCCAUGUCAUGUGCCAAUGAUGUGGACGGAUUUGUGAAUAAAAUGCUCAUGAUCUCGAUUGUGUGUGUGAAAACUGAGGCUGCCAUCUAGUGGUGAUAAAUACAUUACAACAAACCGUGAACACUGAAUACUAUGGUUUCUCAAAGGAUUAGUUGUGAAACUGAGUAUUAAGUACUCCUAAAAGUGACAUUUAGAACUUUAGUGGCUAAUUCCUACUAAAACUAAAAGUAAGAGCUUUAAAAUCUUUGUUGACACCCAGAUACAGACACCACUGCUCCUAGUGGGUCAUAUGUGAUGAAUGAGUGAAGUUACUUUUAUAAGAGUCUAUGCAUUGUUUAUGAAAUCCGUUACAUAUUAUACAGUUAGUUUUUUCAGUGAGUUGACGGAUGAUUGUUUGAAUAAUAAACUGUGUUAUGACACCA